AUAACCACCCUGCUCUUAUCAGUUACUAUUGACGUUUUCUUUGACAGCUGAUAUUUAGUAUAGCUAAAAGUUCAGACGCAAUACUGGCUGGGAUAAUAUGGUUGAGUUUACUUCAGAGAAAGGUUCAUUUGGCACUAGGCCAAUGGUCCAAUUGACAAAGUUAGUUGCCUGGUUGACUAUAUGUAGUAGUGCACACAUUCGGGCACUCCACCCCUUUAUUCUAUUCUCCCAUCUUGUUUAUCCCGUGUACGUUGAAAUAGCAAAGAGGUGGGAAUCCCUACCUGAUAUAUUUGCCUUAUUUGCCUCUCAAAUUUCCUCCUUUGAUUGUCUUUUGAUGAGAAGAUGCCUUAUUUUAGAAAUUUUGAUAGAACAGAUCAAGCAUUUUGUGUCCCAUCGCUGUGUCAGAACUCAGAUGUUGCUAGUACACAUUGAAGCAUUUCUUUCUAGAGUCAUGUUUGAGGGGAACUCCUUUGCUAUAUGAUUGAUUUUAUCUACACUCCUUGGUCAAACAUAUGUGACAUUCUCCAGGAACCAAGUACUUGUGAGAUCUCUGAUGCCAUAACACAACCAUUGCGUGCUUAAAAUAGUCUGGCAAAUGUUUUCAAGUACUUGUGAAAUCUUUUGAUUGUAUAUUUGUAUUGAUUAACACUGGAAAUUUGUAUUGAUUAUAACACUACAUAAUUCAAGCUUCCAUUUCAUGAUAAUAUAUUAACCGAAUCAUUCAGCUGCGUUUUCUCCCAAGGAUGACACUUAUAACAAAAUCUGUGUUCUUGUUGCAGGACUCUGGCCAACGUGGGUGCAGCAAACAGGGAUCUCCAUCGUUAACCGAAGGCGGUGUUGCGGAUGAAGAGCAGGCUCUUCCUCUUCCUAUUAUACCCCGGGUUUAGAUUCUAGGAAUCCAGCUCUUUGCUAUCUCUCACAUAGACUAUACAAUUCCAGAACAAGAUAAUGUUUCAAGAUCUUCCCGAUGAAACUCAUUAUACUUUUUCUUUUCCCGCCUGCUCUGGGAGACAUUUUUCUUGUUUCUGGAUAGAAAAGAUGUAUACUUUAUAGACUUGGUCAUUCAAUUCUGGAACUGGAUCGAUAUAGCAUUGUCAAUGGGAAUAAAAUAAACUAUGCUCGUCAUCAUAAUUCUAUAUACAGCUUCUUCUGGAUCAAAAGUUCCAAUCUUUAUUUCUGAAUUCCCCGCUCGCUAGGCGGGACAGUUCAAUUUCCGUUGUAAGGCUCCGCAGUAGUAACAACUCCGAGAAGGUCUAGUAUCAAACAUGGCGGCCCCUAAUAAAUGGCUCUCUUAUCUCUUGGGCCUGGAAGAUAGCGAUUAGGGUAGUCAAUACUAAUGUUGCCGUCUCAUGAUCCUCUCAUCUCGCAAACCUACUUUUCUACGUCGCCUCACGAGCUCUUGUUCGCCUGCGCUACAAUGUUUCUCCACCGGAGCUACCUUCAUCCGCAGCCCAAUUCACCGUCUCCAAUAUGGAGCUGGUUCCGGAGAAAACCAGCAAGCCUCCGACUACGAGCUUGCUUUGGUCUCUGCUCUGAAGUCAUGUUGCCUCAACUUGGAUGUUUCUCGAGGCAGGGGAAUCCACGGCCUGGUUAUGAAAUCUGGCCUGGAGUCCAACAACUUCGUGGAGAACAGCUUGAUCAACAUGUACGCCAAGUGUGGGCACUUGGGCGAUGCACAAUCUAUGUUUAAUUCAUGUUCGAAACUGGAUCCCGUGUCGUAUAACAUUAUGAUCGCUGGGUAUGUGAAAUCCAGAGAAUUGAAUGAAGCCCGCAAGCUGUUUGAUAUAAUGCCUAAGCGAGGCUGCGUUUCAUAUACUACCAUGAUCAUGGGGUUUGCCCAAAGCGACUUCUGUUGGGAGGCAUUUGAGAUUUACAAACAGAUGAGAAGCGAGGGUGUGCUCCCGAAUGAAGUAACAAUGGCGAGCUUGAUAUCCGCUUGUUCGAGCUUGGGCGGGAUCAAAGACUGCAGAAUGCUUCACGGACUGGUCAUCAAGAUGAUCUUCGAUCAGAUGGUCCUCGUGUCCACUAAUUUGCUACGCAUGUAUUGCUUGUGUUCCAGUUUAACCGAUGCCCGAGCAUUGUUCGAUGAAAUGCCGGUAAGAAACAUCUUCUCAUGGAACGUAAUGCUGAAUGGAUAUGCUAAAGCUGGAGUUAUUCAUCUAGCUAGAGACGUGUUCGAUAAUGUCCCAGAGAAGGAUGUUGUAUCUUGGGGCACAAUAAUUGACGGCUAUAUACGAGUAGAGAUGCUGAGUGAAGCUCUUUCGAUGUACCGAUCCAUGGUAUCCUCAGGUUUACAAGCUAGUGAUGUUAUGAUGGUCGACCUGGUUUCUGCUUGCAGAAAAGCACAAGCAAUCAGCGAGGGUCUGCAGCUACAUACCAUCCUCGUGAAGAAAGGUUUCGACUGUUAUGAUUUUAUCCAGGCAACAAUAACCCAUCUCUAUGCAGCUUGUGGCAGAAUCAAGGAGGCUUGUUUUCAGUUUGAUCAGGGAAUCAAGAAAAAUGUCACCUUAUGGAAUGCUCUCAUGUCGGGUUUUGUGAGAGUCCAGAUGAUUGACCGAGCAGCUAAGUUGUUCGAUGAAAUGCCGGAAAGAGAUGUUUUCACUUGGAGCACGAUGAUCUCCGGUUACACACAGAGUGAACAGCCUGCCAUGGCGUUGGAGUUAUUUCAUAACAUGGUUGCAACUGGUAUCCAGGCUAAUGAGGUGACCAUGGUGAGUGUGUUCUCAGCAAUUGCUUCUUUAGGCACCCUAAACGAAGGCAUUUGGGCUCAUCAGUACAUAGUAGAUAGCUAUAUCCCUCUUAACGACAAUCUGAGUGCUGCAAUCAUCGACAUGUAUGCGAAAUGUGGGAGCAUACGCAAUGCGUUGGAAGUGUUCCAUCAAAUCCGUGACAAAGCAGCCACCGUCUCACCAUGGAACGCCAUUGUAUGUGCUCUUGCCAUGCAUGGACAUGCGAACCUCUCUCUCGAGAUAUUCUCCGACCUGCAAACACGAGGUAUCCAGCUCAACGCAAUCACAUUCAUCGGGGUUCUCAGCGCCUGCUGCCAUACUGGGAUGGUGGAGCUAGGGAAGAGAUACUUCGAGAGUAUGAAAUCAGCCCAUAAUGUGAACCCCGAUAUCAAACAUUAUGGCUGUAUGGUCGAUCUCCUGGGGAGAUCUGGGCAGCUUGAAGAAGCAGAGAAACUGAUCAAGAGCAUGCCAAUGGAAGCCGAUGUGGUGAUAUGGGGCACGCUGUUGGCUGCUUGUAGGACUCAUGGCAAUGUGGAUGUUGGAGAAUGGGCUGCCGAUAAUCUGGCGAGGCUUGAACCAUCUCAUGGAGCUAGUAGGGUUCUUCUGUCCAAUCUGUAUGCUGAUGCUGGGAAGUGGGAGGACGCUUUUUCGGUUAGGAAAGCUAUGCAAAGCAGUAGAAUGCAGAGGUUGCCUGGCUAUAGUGGUGUGGAGUGAUUGCAUUGCUUCUUGUAAUUUAUAUCCACAGUUUUUAAGUAACUGUAGACGAUUAUGAAACAGGUUUCCGCACAGAGCUGUAGUCAUAUACGAAUCAGGAGAGAUGUGUGUUGUAAGAGUUGUAAGAUUUUAUCAGUUCAGUAAGAUUUAUCAGUUCAAUAAACACCUUUGAUUUAA